CCUGCAUCAGUUCUUUAACGCCAUCGUUGCUCAGAAUCAGUCAUGAUUUCUCGGUUCAUCGAGAAUUUCCUCGAUGGCCGGAAGUACUCUCUACCGGUAUCCAAUCUGAUCAUGACAAAUCCAUCUCCUGCCAUUGAGCGAAGGCUAUAAAAUACAGCAGCGUGGAUCACCAUCUCUCCAGGUCAAUACCAUUCCAAGCAUUUCAUACCUAGUCUGCAAUAGAUCACCAUGUCUUCUUCGACCUCCGCACUCUUCUCCCCAAUUCGCGUAGGCAACAUCGACUUGCAGCACCGCAUUGUUCUUGCCCCACUCACCCGUGUACGUGGACACGCAAAUCAUGUCCCGAGUCCACAAGCACCAGUGUACUACUCUCAGAGAGGCUCUACCCCUGGCACUCUUCUCGUCACAGAGGCCACAUUCAUAUCUCAGAACGCUGGUGGUUAUAAUAAUGUCCCUGGGAUAUACACCGAUGCCCAUGUGGAGGGAUGGAAAAAGGUAACAAAAGCAGUUCACGAGAAGGGCUCUUUCAUUUUCCUACAACUCUGGGCGCUCGGCCGUGCUGCAGAACCAGCCGUUCUUGCCAAAGAGAACAAUAGUCCCUAUGUCAGUGCCUCGCCCAUCCCCCUUCCGGGAAAAGUAGACGUGCCUCGCGCGCUCACCACGGAUGAAAUCAAAGAGUACAUUUCUACGUAUGUCGCUGCCGCAAAGAAUGCAAUUCGAGCUGGCUUCGAUGGCGUUGAAAUUCACGGCGCGAAUGGCUACUUAAUCGAUCAGUUCAUACAAGAUGUCACCAACCAUCCAUCGGAGAAUCGCGCAAGAUUUGCACUCGAAGUAACUGAUGCCGUUGUGGAGGCCGUUGGUGCGGAGAGAACAGGAUUCCGAAUUAGCCCGUGGGGUGUAUUCAGUGGUAUGGGCAUGGCAGACCCCAAACCCCAGUUCUCCUACCUGGUUGAGCAGCUGCGCAAACACAAACUUGCGUACAUUCACGUCGUGGAGCCGAUGCCUGCCGAAGUCACUAGUGAAAAAAACAGUGAUUUCAUUCGUGAUAUCUGGGAAGGGGUUGAAGGCAGUGCGUUCAUCAGCACAAACGGACACACCCGGAAUAGCGCAAUUGAGACGGUAGACAACAAAGGGGGCCUUAUUGGAUUCGGGAGGUUGUUCAUGCCGAACCCUGAUCUUCCAUUCCGCCUGCUAAAGAACAUUGCGCUUGAGCGGGGUGACCAAGCAACUUGGUACAUGCCCGGUAAUCUCACACCCAAAGGUUAUUCGGAUUGGCCCUUUGCACCGGAGAAUGAUCAACAACAGAGAAGCAAAUUCUGACAUGGGCUUGUAAGUAAUAUACCUUAGAAUAGAUGACGAGUUUGCACUUCUGAUACCUUACUUUAUACACCUGAUAUCAUGAUAAUGGUUAAGCUUUGCUUCAGUUUAA